GUAACAAUUAAGAUGACGUCAUAAUAAACUUAGUGUGAUAUAGCAACAAGGUCAGAGUAAACACAAUGGGAUGUUUCAAUAGUAAAGUUGCGCCUUUUCCAACUCCUUUUCGCACCAAAAAACAGCAAAAGAGGCUGCGAAAGAUGCUGAAGAAGAAUGGAAUCAAAGCCAAAGUGAGCGGGGGAGGCGUUGCCUUUGAUAUUCCAGUAGCUGGUGGAGGAGAGCCAAUGUGGCCUAAAGUAUCGUAUAGGAACAAAAGACUCCAGAGAAAUGAGGAUGAUGAUGAAGUUUCUUUAAAACGUAAUUGGGAACGUGCAAUUACGGAAAAGCAAGAGAGAGCCAGAGAACGAAGGAAAGAAAUAGAGAGGAGGAGGAAGGAAAAGUUGAGGAGACAAUCGCUACAUCGCCAGACAAAUUAUAAACUCAGUGUUAUGUUUCAGCUGCUGGAUAUGUUACAGUGAUUCGGGAUUGAAGAAAGAGAUCGCCUUUUUCUAUUGAUGUUUAAAUAAAAUAUUUUUCUUGAA